UGUAGAGCUACUGCAGCCCAAAGCAGCGCAACAUUUAGCAUCCACGCUGUCCAAUGGGCGUUUCCUUUUCGCGAAAACUUCCACAUCAGGAUUUUCGACUCUAUUUCAGCGAAAGGUUGUUCUUUGGCUGGGAAGAGUUGCUUUGCUGUCCUGAGGUGGCGGGCUGCAGCAUCCGAAAAUAUGCGGAGGAUGAUGCCUAUGGUGGACAAGUUGAGUACACCGUGAUGAGAAGUGUAUCCUACAGUCCAUACGUACCCCGCUUCGUCAUGGAAGUGCGAAAGCGCUCCAUUCCGCGACCCGCGGUCGUAGGGCGUUUGGAAAAGUUGGACACGAUCUUUCGGGCCAAGACCGGUGAGUUUCUGUGUGUGAACCUGUGGAAGCUGGUGGUUAAUGGCCUCCAAUGGUCGGGCAGCAAACGUUCGGUGAUCGCUUCGGAAAGCGAUAUGUUUGUGCACCACAUCGGCAUCGUCACGCAGGCGAAGAUAGACUUCGAUCAUCCCAGCGACAUCGAAUGGAUUCUGAAGCCAGAGAGCGAGAGGUGGGUCCAAUCCAUCAGCAGUGACCACCCCAUGCUGGCCAUUCAAAGCCGUACAAAGGGGAAGUGUGAUACUCCACAUGACCUCACGGAGCUCCGGAUGAAAUAUGACGGAAUUCUCGUGGGCACCGUCAAGCAGCAGAAGUUUGUAAACUCUGAUGAGGAUUUGAGGUCCUAUUUGGGUGUGCAGAUGGAUCUCAACAAGCUUAAGGAAAAGGUUGGCAUGGUUCUCGAAGACGAGGACGCGAUCGAGCACCGACUUCCUACAGAAGGUCUUGUGAUGAUGUUGAUGUGUUUGGCCUGGAGUCAAAGCACUUUGAUGACCUCGUCUGAGCAUCAUCGCCACUGGAGACGUUUCACCAAGGCGAUGCGCAGCCACGCCGAUGAGCCGGAUUCCGGGCAAAUGAACGGAUACCCCUCGGAGUGGAACUUGAUGGAUGUGAAGAAGUACUUGGCCCAGCAUUCUUGGUGGUUGAGACUCCACAGCUGGGAUACAGAGCGAGAGGCGAGCAAGGCAGAACCAGAACCUGCCUCACCGUCCACAACCAUUCCAGUCUCCGUGGAUGACAGUCCCCAUUGAUCCACAGUUCACUUCUUUCUGAGUGACUUCGAAGAGUGCUGACUGAAGGUAGCCACAGAAAUGGCAGCAAAGCCUGCAUUGAAGCUGCCACACAAGUGGUCAAGUGCUUUGCAAACACGCGAAGCUUGCUUCACUGGAAAAGAACGGUUUGGAAACGCCACGCCCUCGUGGCCUUCAGACUCUUGUCUCUGAGCAGUUUGGACUCUUCAAGCCAGCAGACUUGGCUCAGCUUGGCUGGUGUGC